AUGAAGAACUUUAAUCAGCAACUAAGCUCAAGGACCUCAUCCAAGCUCAUCAAUAGGCAAAUGAACCUCCCUCGCUACUUCUCCUAUCUCCUUUUCUUCGGCUGUGGUUUAGCCCUUGGCGUAACUCUUUGUUCCUAUCUCACACACAUUUCUUCCAACUUUCAUCUCGACAAUUUCUCCAUCCAAAGCCAGACUUCUGUAUCUAAAUCCUCUUCUUCAUUUUCACCGAUUUCGCCUCCCCCGCCGCCGACUUCACCUUUGGAAGUGUACCUGAAUCAGAAGAGUAAUCAAACCGAUUUGAAAGAGUACUUCGUAAAACCGCCAAAAAAAGUCUCCCACAAUAUGAAAGAAGAAGAGCUGAUAUGGAGAGCAUCAAUGGUUCCUAAUGUUAGAGAACUUCCAUUCAUUUUUGCACCAAAGGUUGCAUUCUUGUUUUUGACAGCAGGGCCUUUGCCUUUGGCUCCUCUAUGGGAAUUGUUCUUUAAAGGUUAUGAAGGGUUGUACACAAUUUACGUGCAUUCCAAUCCUUUAUUCAAUGGAACAGUGCCCUCCAAUUCUGUGUUUUAUGACAGGAGGAUCCCAAGCAAGGUGUUGCAAUGGGGGACGUUUGAAGUGGUUGAAGCAGAGCGUCUCCUAUUAGCAAACGCAUUGCUGGACUUGUCCAACCAACGCUUUGUUCUCCUCUCAGAGUCAUGCAUUCCUCUGUUCAACUUCUCCACAAUCUACAAUUACUUAAUGGGAACAUCAAAAUCUUUUCUGGAGGUUUAUGACCAGCCCGGGCCGAUCGGCCGUGACCGCUAUAACCCACGAAUGAGUCCCACAAUCCAGCUUGAUCAAUGGCGAAAGGGCUCCCAAUGGUUCCAGAUAGAUCGCAGGCUUGCUCAUGAGGUAAUCACAAACCAAAAGUAUUUCUCAAUAUUUCAAAGAUUUUGCAAUGGCUUAUGCUUCGGUGAUGAGCACUACUUGCCAACUUUGGUUACCACAAAGUUAUGGAGGAGGAUUUCAAAUAGGACUCUGACAUGGGUUAACUGGUCGAAGAUUGGACCCCAUCCAUUCACGUUUGGGAGGAUAGAAACCACUAGGGAUAACUUGGAGUGGCUGAGGAGUAACGGAAAUAAGGGAUGUGAAUAUAAUGGGAGAAGGAUUCAUAUUUGCUACUUGUUUGCAAGAAAGUUUAUGCCUAAUGCUUUGGAUAGGUUGAUGAGAUUAGCUCCUCAUGUGAUGCAAUUUUAG